AGCAAUCGUAGACAAUUAUGGAGAGGUCGGUAAAUGUCACUGAAGAUGAAGCUGACGCUGAGAGGCAACUAUUGAGGCCACACAGAAAGAUAGCAUACGCCUUAGGCAAUUUCUUUACCGUUCUUGCUAUUGCUGUCUGGUUUCCAUACAAUGUCUCUUUUUUUCAAUUUGUUUUGGGACUCUCAGCUAAAAAUGCUGGCAACAUUGUCCUGAUUGCUCAAGUAGGGGGAGCUAUAUCAACGCCUUUAGUAGGGAUGUGGUCUGAUAAAUGUUCUUGUAAAAUUCCAGGGAGAAGGAAAAUAUUCCACCUGAUUGGCCUUAUCACACUUGCAUUAGUGAUGUUCUUCUUGUGGUACAAAUGCCUUGGGUGCAGUCAUGCAUCCGAGGUGUACCAAGUUAUUUAUUUUUGUUGCUUUGCUAUAAUUUUUCAAUUUAGCUGGGCAUCAGUUCAAAUUGGCCAGUUAGCCCUCCUUCCUGAAAUUUGUGUUCAAAAAAGAACCCAAGUCCAAUUGAAUUCAUUGAGAUAUAGUUUUACUAUCAUUGCAAGCCUUGUUGUUUUUGGAUGCUUUUGGUUGCUCUUAAAGUUUUAUUCUGAUGACAGUGACAAAAAUACAGGAGAUACACCAUUGACACCUGAUGAUCUUAACAUAUUCUUGAUUAUGUCAGCAGUUGUUAUUGGAUUAGGAUUUCCCUCCUCCCUCCUCUUUCAGUUUUUGAUUCCUGAGAAAGUAAAUGUUAAUCUAGCAAAGCAAACUUGGUACAAAUGGAUUGUUAACCCAAGAUUUUAUCUUACAGCCUUGUGUCUAAUAGGAGCAAGAAUAAUUGUGUUGGUGCCUCAGACUUAUAUGCCGCAUUAUUUUACAAUUACUUUGAAAAUGUCUAAAAGUUCCAUUGCAAUAGGACCGUUGAUACUUUAUAUCAGUAGCUUUUUUACAACACUUGUGAUAAAAAGAUGUAGAGGGAUCAUUGGAGAUAAUAUGACUUAUUUCAUUGGUAUGGCAGUAGUUUGGGGAUCUGUUAUAUUUUUUUGGACUAAGAGUCCCACAGAUGAUAUGUCUUCACACUUUAAUUGGAGCCGUGACUGCAUUUUCAUUGCUACUGUGCUGUUGGGUGUUGGAGGUGCUAUGACUGUAGUGAUUGGCCUCAGUAGAAUCUCAUUCUUGGUAGGAAAAUUCAAAGGCAGCAGUGCUUUUGUGUAUGGUUGGAUAUUGUUUGUUGAUCGUAUUUCAAAUGGAAUCAUAGUUAGUGUUAUUCAACACAUAGUACCAGAAAAUAGUGACCCAGAUGAAUUAGAAAAUCAUUAUAGAAAUGUAAUGGUUUAUGUUCCUUUUUUUGCUUCUGGUCUUGGAUUAACUGUAACUUUUGCAUUUAUUCUACUGGACUGGGUGACAAAGAGAGGUCAAAAGACAAAGGCCAGGACCAUUAGCAAACUAGGAUCACCAAUUAACUAUGGCACAGGCUCAGAUUCAAGCAGUAUUGUAUCAGGUGGUGGUACCAUCACAUAUGAGGAGAGCUCUGAUGAUGAAUCAGAUGAUGACAUACAAAGAUUUACAGAAACACUGUGAGAGUAUAGUUUUGGCUAAAAACAUUUUGAGUGAAAUAAGAAUUUAUGAUAAUAGUUGCCAUUUGGUUUAUCAUACAAGCAUCAUGCAUAAAA